GUUCAUGAAUCUGUCAAUCCUUGCGGUGUCGUGUCUGUCGUAUGUUUGUGGUCUUCUACCUAACCUCAAAUAAUUAUACUGCAGCAAUUUGUACAUAAGUUGUACAACUAUUUACACUGCACCAUGUCUAAAAUAGACGUAUUCGAUUAUUUGAAUGAAAUCGGAUGCUGCAACACUUGCAAUUUGAGAUAUGUAAAUGGGCGAUUCAGUAAUUAUUUAAACAUUGAGAAAUCGCUUCUUAUGCAUGGAAUCGACAUCUCAAAAAAGCUCAGUCAAAGUGAAAGUGGGGAACCCGAUCCGAAACGCUUCAAAGAAAAUGAAGAUGGAUGCGUAGCAUGUCUGGGAUUGUUCAGUACGAGUAAUUUGGAUGCAGUUUUGGAGCAGAUACUUCAAUGUCCAGACCUUCUGCCGUAUCAAUGUGAUACGAUUCUAACAUCAAUAUCGCUGCCGAUAAUGCUCAGCUUGAGGCGACUAUCGAUUUGGCUGGCAUUGAUCGAAAAAUUUCCGAAACAUUUCAGCUUAACGGAACCACCGGAUACGUCUAUAAAAGAUGUCAUUAAAUUGAUUGUAAAUCCUAAGAUUUGCGAUAAGCUAAACAAAACUUUAGAAAUCAACCAGAGCGGAAUCAUGGUCAAUGUUUUUUUCGAACAUGUGGAUGAGGCUGACGAACUAAAACCACUGUGGGAUGUUAAGCCCGAAGUUUUUAAUGAGCGCUAUGCCACACCAAGGAAAUUCAACAGAGAAUUUAUGACACGCAAUGCUUUCGAGAAACAUUUCAAUCCGAGUAAAGUAGAUGCUGACAUUUACAAAAAGCACGUACCAGUGCCGCCAAAUCUUCCAAAAAAUGUAUUAAAAUUGGAUAAGAUAACCGUCAAUGGUCCAACGAUUUUCGUAGCCGGACGGUACAGAAAGUUAACACGAUCCUUAAGUCAAACGCCGUGGAUUCUACAUGGAAAGCGAAUGAUGGAAGAAAGUGUGUCGGAAAUUAUUGUCGAACAUUUUGCUGAAUUCUUUGGUAUUCCUGUCGAUAAAGUGAUCUUUUCGUCUAGUGGCAGAGAAGAUGUUGACGUGAGAUGUUUGGGGAAAGGCAGACCAUUCGUUUUGGAAAUACCAGAUUCGCACAAGACGACAUUACCAAAGAGCAUUGCCGGAAAUAUCGAAAAAUUGGUGGAAAAAUCGCAGAAAGUGUCGAUUCGGGACAUUCAACUUGUAAAGAGGGAAGAGCUGAUACACAUCAAACAGGGCGAAGAAAAUAAGAAAAAAAUGUACCGAGCUCUAUGCGUAACAAAUGAGCCUGUGACUGUGGAUUUGCUCAGAAAGCUGAACAUUAGCGACGAAUUUAACAUUGAACAAAUGACACCGAUCAGAGUUCUUCAUCGGAGACCGUGGCGCAACCGACAGCGGACAGUUUAUGAAGUCAAAGCAUCGAUAAAUAAAGACGAUCCGAGGAUUAUUAUAUUAGAUGUGACAACACAGGCCGGAACCUACAUAAAAGAGUUGGUACAUGGCGAGUUCGGCCGAACUAACCCGUCAAUUCGUUCAAUAAUUAACCAAUGGAUAGACAUUGUGGCCUUAGACGUUAUGCGGAUCGAUCUUGACUGGCCGCCCGAAGUGGAUAACAUAACUUCGUAGUUUCGCUGGGUGAUUUAUUUACGACGAUUAAAAUUAAAUGACACCAACAGACGUA